AUGGUUGCGCUUUUAAUCGAUUUGCUUUGUCAACAGCAGUCGAUCACGGUGAAUGGACCGUUGUAUAGAAACUCCGUUAUGGAGAGAUUUGGCUGGAGAUUCUUGUAUCCGAGAUUCUGGGAAAUCGAGGAAAUUUCGAGGCACACGAUACUCAGCCCGGAAGAGCAGAGAUGCGAGAAUCAUUUCUUAAUUUCUCAUUCGCGCACUCCCGCCGGUCAGUACGUUGUUCGUCUGCCGUUCAAAAGUGGUCCUCCCAUUGAUAUUGGCACCUCACGCGAUGUAGCGGAGCGAUGCCUCAAGACUUUGCUACGCCGUCUUCAAGCCAAUUCCGAUUUGAAAAGGGAGUACUCAGACUUCCUACAAGAAUAUGAAAAUCUCGGGCACAUGCGGAAGGCUCCAGAAUCUUCAGAAUCUUCUCAAUUUGUCUAUAUUUCGCACCAUCCCGUAAUACGCGAAAGCAGUGCGACGACUUGA